CUCCUGUGCACUUGAUCUACCUGCACUUUAAUCUGUCUGAAGUUACCUUUUAUUGUUAAUGUUUUCUCGUCUUUUUAUUCGUUUCUAAUAUUUACAGUAGAUCUGACCUCUUCCUUCGCCUUGUUAGAUGUGCCUGUGCCAUUGGCUGAUAGUUUUAAAGUCCCUGGAGAAGACCACACUCUGGCAGUAUGACAUCGCCCUAUGCUGCUGUCCAGUUCUACCCAGAGCACACCUUUCAACGUAGACUGAGGGACCCAGCCGCUUGUCUGUCGUGGGCUGAAGGAUCCUUCCUGGCCUCCAUGUCCCAGAGCCCAAGCUCCCAGGGAACAGACAUCCUCAGCCAGGAUGUCUUCAACCAGCUGCUGGAGAUGCUGGACCAGUCGGCGUUCCAUUCAGUACAGCCCAUCGAACUCAACUUCUCCGAAGGCUCGUCAGACAGCUCUGCAUCCAACACCAUUCAGAUCAGCAUGGACUGCAUCACCAUGCACGGGUCGGACGAACACCUCACAUCACAGUACACAAACCUGGGGCUUCUCAACGGCAUGGAUCAAAAUGGUGGAUCCACCUCGACCAGCCCCUAUAACAACGAGCACGCUCAGAACAACGUGACCACCCCAUCACCUUAUGCCCAGCCCAGCUCCACCUUCGAGACUCUGUCGCCGUCACCUGCUAUCCCUUCGAACACAGACUACGCUGGACCACACACCUUCGACGUGUCCUUCCAGCAGUCGAGCACAGCCAAGUCCGCCACGUGGACGUACUCGACAGACCUUAAGAAGCUGUACUGCCAGAUUGCUAAAACAUGCCCCAUUCAGAUUAAAGUUCUGACCAACCCACCACAAGGAGCAGUCAUUCGGGCCAUGCCAGUCUACAAGAAAGCGGAGCAUGUGACUGAAGUGGUGAAGAGGUGCCCCAACCAUGAACUCAGCCGAGAGUUCAACGAUGGCCAGAUUGCUCCACCCAGUCACCUGAUAAGGGUGGAGGGCAACAGUCAUGCCCAGUACGUGGAGGACUCCAUCACCGGCCGUCAGAGUGUGCUGGUUCCAUAUGAGCCCCCUCAGGUGGGUACUGAGUUUACGACAAUCCUGUACAACUUUAUGUGCAACUCGAGCUGCGUGGGCGGUAUGAACCGACGCCCCAUCCUCAUCAUCGUCACCCUGGAAACUAGAGAUGGCCAGGUCCUGGGCCGUCGGUGCUUUGAGGCUCGGAUUUGCGCGUGCCCGGGACGCGAUCGCAAAGCGGACGAGGACAGCAUCCGCAAGCAGCACGUCAGCGACGGCACCAAAAACUCUGAGGGUACGAAACGCCCAUUCCGGCAGGCCUCUCACGGUAUCCAGAUAUCAUCCAUCAAGAAGAGAAGAUCCACUGAUGAGGAAGUCUUUUGUUUGCCUAUUAAAGGCCGUGAAAUCUAUGAGAUUUUGGUGAAAAUCAAAGAGUCUCUGGAGCUUAUGCAGUUUCUCCCUCAGCACACCAUAGAGUCAUACAGGCAGCAACAGCAGAAUCUGCUGCAGAAACAUCUUCUACGGGCCCGCCUGCGAUCAGAGUUGCUGGAGCCGAUUGGGGAGCAGAGGAGACGCUUCAGUGCUUCCUAAAAGCAGGAGCCACAUUCCUCCUCCUGCACUUCCUCAGCCUCCCCCACUUCUCUCACUCUCCUUCAUCUCUCCAUCCCUCCCUCCGUCUCUCCAGGUGGCCACCUGUAGCUACUGCCACACUUGACACCACAAAAAAAAAAAAGGACAUCAACAAAUUUUGGUCUCUGUGGUUGCUGCCACCCAGACGGCUGUAUUUCUUCACUGUAUUUAAGCAAUUGCUUAAAGACAUUUUUGACUGUUGUGGCAGAAGGGAACUGCAUGAUUUCUUUCCCUCGAAAGUCUUUUGCCUAGAUUGAGAAUGACUAAUUUUUUUCAAAUGAUCAGUGUUGCGUGCUCAUUAGUUUAACAACCUGCACUCUUACUUGAGUGAACGUUUAAUUAUGUGCCCAAUUUAAGACCUCAUAUUCUCACGUAAUGUGUCACAUUUUUGUUUUGACUCUCUUGAUCCCACCCUUUUCAUUUCAGUGUCUGUUUUUUCGUUGUUUUUGUUUUAAAGGGCCCUUAUUGCUGAGUUGGCUGUUGCCUCAGCACUUGUUUGAUAUACUGGUAUUGCACAGAAACAAGACCAGCCUCUCAGCUGACCACCUCAUCCUCAGCUCUGUCUCGCUUGCUUUCUCUUCCAUUCUCUUUCUCUCCUCUCAUAUCAUAUAAUCCUGAUUUGUCUGAACCAGGAACCAAGCACAUAUUUUCUACGGGACUCAUAGCAUUCUUUAAGCUCUUGAAAAUGGCUCACAUGGCUUUUAUUAUUGGAGCUGGACUCAUUUAGUUGUCUGUGGGUUUGUUUGGGAAAAGAACUUUAUUGAAAAAAAAACUUUAAUAAUGCUGGUCAUGUUUUAUAAAGUGCACUGCAGAGCAGUUUGGUUUCAUUUUUUGAUUGACUUGAUUAUAUGUACAUUUUCUUAAGAGAAAUGUAUUUUUUUGUCAGAGAGAAUGAAAAGUAAUUGCUAUAGAGUCAGCACGUUAAUUACCUGUUCUAUGUGAAACAAAUGUUAGCUGUACAACUGAUGCUUCUUGCACUUUGGUUUGUUAUUAUUCAAUAAAUGUCUUUUCUGCUUUGA